AGGCCGGGGAGCGCGCGGCGCCUGCGCGGCCUUUUCACCGUGUUUCAAUCCUCUGGAGCGAGCUGAAGAGAGGAGGGCCAGCGCUGUGUUCCUGCUAGAACUGAAAUGGAUGGAGUUGAGAGGAAAAAGACAGAGGCUCGGAGGAGCAUCAUGAAAGAUAGCGAGCUCAAACGAGACUCCGGCAUCCCUGAGCGCGUGACACUCAAGAAGGAGAUCGGGCUGCUGAGCGCGUGCACGAUCAUCAUCGGGAACAUCAUUGGCUCUGGGAUCUUCAUCUCUCCUAAAGGUGUUCUGGAGCACUCGGGCUCUGUGGGUUUGGCUCUGGUGGUGUGGAUGUUGGGUGGAGGCGUCGCUGCUCUCGGCUCCCUCUGCUAUGCUGAGCUGGGCGUGACCAUACCCAAAUCUGGAGGAGACUAUUCCUACGUCACCGAGAUCUUCGGCGGACUCGUGGGGUUUCUGCUGUUAUGGAGUGCAGUAUUGAUCAUGUAUCCCACCACACUGGCAGUUAUAGCGCUCACCUUUUCCAGCUACGUGCUUCAGCCUGUGUUUCCGCACUGUGUUCCUCCAUACAUCGCCACACGCAUGCUGUCCGCCAUCUGCAUAUUGUUUUUGACGUGGGUGAACUGCUACAGUGUGCGUUUGGCCACGCGGAUCCAGGACGCGUUUACCGUCGGGAAGCUCCUGGCUCUGGGACUCAUCAUUACUGUGGGAUUAGUGCAGAUCUGUGGAGGUAACUAUGAGAGUCUGACCCCGCAGACGGCGUUCACCUUUAAUAAAGCUCCGUCUAUAGGCCAGAUCGCCCUGGCUUUUCUUCACGCCUCCUUCGCCUUCAGUGGAUGGAACUUUCUCAACUACGUUACAGAGGAAGUGGUCGAUCCCAGAAGAAAUCUGCCCCGGGCCAUCUACAUCUCCAUUCCACUGGUGACAUGUGUGUACACCCUCACAAACAUCGCCUACUUCUCCUCCAUGUCUCCUGAGGAGCUGCUGUCCUCAAACGCAGUGGCUGUCACGUUCGGUGAGAAGCUUCUCGGGAUGUUUUCCACACUCAUGCCCAUUUCUGUGGCUCUGUCAACUUUCGGGGGCAUCAAUGGUUACCUGUUCACCUCCUCCAGGUUGUGUUUCUCUGGGGCUCGUGAAGGACAUUUACCCAGCCUUCUGGCUAUGAUCCACUUUAAGCACUGCACACCGAUCCCAGCUCUGCUCGUCUGCUGCACGGCCACAAUUGUAAUCCUGUGCAUUGGAGAAACCCACAACCUUAUAAACUACGUCUCUUUCAUCAACUACCUCUCCUAUGGAGUCACUAUUGCCGGCCUGCUGUACUACAGAUGGAAGAAGCCAAACUUAUACAGGCCGAUUAAGGUGAGUCUGCUCGUGCCUGUGUGUUACCUGCUCUUCUGGGCUCUCCUGCUGGCCUUCAGUUUGCACUCGGAGCCGCUGGUGUGUGGAGUGGGUUUGGUCAUUAUGCUCACUGGAGUACCGGUUUAUUUCCUGGGGGUUUACUGGAAAGACAAGCCCAGAUGCAUAUAUGACUUCACAGAGUGGGCCACAUAUCUGGGACAGCGAGUGUUUUUUGUGGUUUUCCCACAAAUCGACCCCAUUGAGUUGGCAGAAUGGACUGACAAAUCCUCCUUCACAAGCAAAUCUUCGGGACACCUUUGAGUUUUGAUUUACGUUAAUUUGGCAGCUCUUCACUUAAAAUAAACGAUGCCUUGUAAUAGUAGUAGUAGCAGCAGUAGUAAAAGAGGGAAAUGAAACAAUAACCGCCUCAUUUAUUUCAAUGGGGAGUGUAUAUGUGAAUGUCUGCUUCCUGCUUUUAUGGAUCACGUUGCUCACUGUUUGAUUUAGGAGUGUUAUUUUGAAGCCCUGUAAUUUGUUAUUGGGUUUCGCUCUGUUGAUACAUGUACAGAAUCUCUCCUCUCUUUUGUACAAUACUUCAUCUGUGAUGCCUUAUAAUCACAUAACCGAUUAUACAGACACUGCUGUAAAUACAUUUAAAGACUUUCUAACAACGUUCACUCUUCUCAGUUUGGGCUGUUAGUCUGAAAUGACGGUGUUCCCUUCAGGUACAUUUCCAGAAUGUGGUUUGUGAAAGAAUUGCUUAAAAUGA